CUGAUAUCAAAUGUGUCUUUGAGAAUGAUAACGAGCGUCCUGUCCUUCACUUUUGAAGGACUGAAGUCUCAUUAAGUCAUUAUCAUCAUGGGAACUGACCAAACGGUCAAGAACGUCGCGUUUUUUACUUCAAUAACCCUGCUUAUUCUCCCGGUUAUCAAAAGUGAAGUUCUGGUGGUUGUGGGUGGUUGGAAUGGCAGACUCUUACAAAACACAGAAGUCCUCGAUUUGUCUGAACAAUCUCGGGUAUGCCAAGAUCUAAGUCCCUUCCCAGUUCCACUUAAACGGUCCGUGGGUCAAACCAUCAACGGAUAGCCUUGGGUAUGCGGAGGUCAAAAUGAGGAUGGAGACAUUUUGGACACGUGUUACAAGUACAAUUUAGUCAGCCGUUCGUGGAACCUCGUGCAUGGUGGUAUGAAUAUACCUCGGCAAUACUCAUCGGCAACCCUGAGUCCCAAUGGAACUUGGAUUGUAGCAGGUGGAGAGGACUACCUCCGCAAAUUUCGCCGUGAAGACAACUUGGGAUUCUUAGAUUCCACAGAGCUGCUGCGUGACCAAGCUUUUGACAUCGGUCCAGUCUUGCCAGGCAUGAUGAGAAGUCAUUGCCUCACGUGGAUCAACAAUACGCACUUGUUUCUCACCGGGGGAAUGGUUCCAUCGCCGGGGAAAAGUAACAGGGCUUACCUCUUGGAUACCACAUUGUAUCCAUUAGCUUGGCAACCCGUGGCAUCAAUGCAAAAUACUCGAUACAGUCACACUUGUCAGGUGGUGGGACGAGAUCGAAAACAGAUUGUGAUAACGUCGGGUUUUGGCGGUGGUUCUUUGGUUGAGGUCUUUGACUUGGAUAGUGGAACAUGGUCCACGGGACCGGAACUACCCACCACCAUCAACUGGUAUCCUGGCAGUGUGCCUUAUCGGGACAGUUUCCUCUUGAUUGGAGGAUACAACUAUGAAUAUAUGAAUCAACUCCUUUGGCUAGAUCCCAGUAGUUUUUCGUGGACCAAGCUAAACCAGACCCUAAAAACGCGUCGAAAUAUGUUUGCCACCAUGUUGGUCGACGACUCUUAUUGUUUAUAAUAAAUAUGAUAUUAUCACUACUAACGUUUCUUGCACGG